AUGAAGCUUCAGUUACUUUUGAUCGGUUUGUCUUGCGGCUUGUGUUUUUCUCGUCUAACCGACAAGAGAAUUCGGCCAACUAAAGAAAAUCUUUUUGAGUGGCUGGGCUCGAUAUUUCUACCACCAGUUACUACAACAACGACUUCAGCUCCUGUGAUAGGAACAACUUCAACUACAACCAGAAGGACAACAACAACGACAGCCACAACUACAACUACAACUACGACAACGACUUCAAGACCUCCGGUGGAAAAUUUUCCUAUAGAUAGGGAUUGCGCUUCAUGUCGUUGUGGACUGAUCAACACCCUACAUAAAAUCGUAGGAGGUGAGGAGACGCGGGUUCAUCAAUAUCCCUGGAUGGCAGUGAUUCUGAUCCACGAUCACUUCUAUUGCUCGGGAUCACUGAUCGAUGAUCUAUAUGUCCUAACAGCAGCCCACUGUGUGGAGGGAGUUCCACCUGAUCUUAUUUCCCUGCGGUUUCUCGAGCACAAUCGUAGUCAUACGAAUAAAGAUAUAGUAAUUGAAAGACAUGUCUCCAGGGUAAAGGUCCAUGAACUAUAUAACCCCCGAAGUUUUGACAACGAUAUAGCAAUCCUUCGACUCAAUCAACCCGUUGACAUGGAGAAUCACCGAUUGAGACCCAUUUGCCUGCCCGUACAAGCCUUCAGUUUUGAUCAUGAGUUGGCAAUAGUCGCUGGUUGGGGAUCUCAGAAGGAAGGAGGCUUUGCCACCGACACUUUAAGGGAAGUUAAGGUUUUAGUGAUACCCCAAUCGGAUUGCCGGAACUCCACUUCAUACAAGCCGGCACAAAUAACGGACAACAUGAUGUGUGCUGGAUACAUUUCGGUGGGUGGCAAGGACGCCUGCAGCGGCGAUAGUGGAGGUCCACUGCAAACGACCUUCGAUGAGACGCCGGGGCAAUAUCAGCUGGCGGGGAUUGUUUCCUGGGGCGCCGGAUGUGGCAGACCCCAAUCUCCGGGAGUUUAUACCAGGGUCAAUCAAUAUCUCCGCUGGAUAGGAUCAAACACUCCAGGAGCAUGUCAUUGUAUGCCCUAUCCCGAGGAGGAUUACUGA